AUGCUGACGCCUGUGUUUUAUUGCGCGCAGGACGACGACUUCGUCAUCGUCCGUCUGAUUCUUUCGGGGAUGUGCAAAAUCGCCAACGCGGUCUUCGACAUCCACGAGGGCCAAUUUACGUUUUAUUGCAGCCCUUAUUAUCUACGCCUGCGCUUUCCGCACGACCUGCAGGAGGGAAAAGGCGAGAGGGCGACCUUUGACAUCGAAUCCCACACCCUGACGGCGUGGCUGCCCAAGAAGAUCAAGGGCGAGGUCUUUUCACAGCUCGACAACCCGGCCUUUUUGCUCGCGACUGAAAAGGAGCGAAACCGCCUGAUUACGCUGCUCACGAGCGCGGACGAGGGCGGCGAGGCGAAUUCGAAUUCGAAUUCGAACCCCGCCGAGCCGGACGAAGUCGAGGAGACCGAGUACGUCCAGACCCUUCGGCACGCGGCCUCGGCGAAGUCGGCCGCGGGGGAUUCUGUUCACUACGGCUUCGCGAACCAUUUUAGUGGGCUUUUUUCCCACUUGGACGAGGACCUUUUACGGGAAGUCGUGGCGCUUCCCAAGCCGGAGAUUACGCGUCCUUCCGAUCGCCAUCGUCUGCGGUUGGAAAAGGAGAACUCGGACUUUGUCGAGGAGGUUCUUCUCUUGGAUUUCGAGGACGAGGCGGGGGACGUGGCGCGGGUCCUACGCUACGUCCCAGCCCACAUGCGGGACUUCCAAGCCGCGAUGAAGCCCAGCGAGGGGGGGGGAGGGAGGGCGUCGGCCCGACCACCCCGCAGGCCCCCGCCACCGACGCCUACGAAGAGGAGGACGAGGCGGUAG